ACAGAAACUGCCUCGUGAUUUGCCGAUUCCGAACGCACCCCUAGCGCCGAGGCCCUCCCGCUCCUCCUCUCUCGCGUUACCCGCCUCGUCCGCCGCCUCUUCACGCCACCUCCUCACGCCCUGGAGCGCCAGGAGCGGCGGAGUCAUGUUCAAGAAGUUUGAGGAGAAGGAGAGUGUGUCUACAUGUAUGCAGCUCAAGACAUCGGUGAUCAAGUCGAUCCGGAAUCAGCUGCUGGACCAGUACCCCGCCAUCGAGCCCUACCUCAACCAGAUCCUGCCCAAGAAGGACCCAUUUAAGAUUGUCAAGUGCCACGAGCACAUUGAGAUCCUCACAGUGAACGGAGAGCUGCUCUUCUUCAAGCAGAGGGAUGGGCCCCUCUUCCCAACCCUGCGGCUCCUACACAAAUACCCGACCAUCCUGCCGCACCAGCAGGUGGACAAGGGCGCCAUCCGGUUCGUGCUGAGCGGCGCCAACAUCAUGUGCCCGGGCCUGACGUCGCCGGGGGCCAAGCUCCGCUCCGCCGACAAGGAGACCAUCGUCGCCAUCAUGGCGGAAGGCAAACAGCACGCGCUCAGCGUGGGCAUCAUGAAGAUGUCUGCCGAUGACAUCGUGAAGAUCAACAAGGGGAUCGGCAUCGAGAACGUGCACUACUUGAACGACGGACUGUGGCACAUGAAGACGUACAAGUGAGCGGGCGUCGCGGCGCAGGUUCGGACGCCGACCCCGGCGAAGAACCCCGGUGACCCCGGCGACGAACCCCGGUGACCCCGGCGACGGCCCCCCGCCGGGGUUGGCAGUCGCUGGCCAGCGGCGUCGCCAAUGCCGUUAAAUUUUUAAUUUGAAACUUCUUUUUGCUUUGCUGUCAAGCGCGUCGACGGAAACGGUCCCCCAGGGUUUCUGCGUGUCUGCGUGGCGGGAAUUUUUUGAAGCUGAAUUGCGUGCGUUUCGGCGUCGUCGUCUUUGUUUGUUUUGUUUUCGUUUUAUUAUUUUAAAAGCGGACACCCUCGCUCCGUUCCAAGCUGCGGUGGGGCCCGUUGGGAUGAGCCGCUCUGGGGGCUCCGCGGGCGUUCCUUUUUUGCUAGAGCCACAAAGUCGAAAGGUUGACCGCAAAGCCGUUGACCGGCCGCAAAGACGGUGGGGCACGCUUCCGAAUGCUGUGAAGCGCGAAGCGGCGUGGCUCUCUGCGCAAACCCGCGCGCGCUCGGAACCCGAUAGCGGGGCGUUUAUUUUGCGAAACGCAAAAGUGAACCAGCCGUCGCGUGUGCGCGACACGCGACGGCGUGCUCUAUUAAACGCGCGGGCUCUCGUCUUGAAUUGUGAACGUCGCGUCGCUUGACCGAAACGCCGUGGCCCCGGGCUUGUAUUCGCGACGCGCGCACGCAACGGUCUUUUUUUGUUUGUUGUCGAUCCGCCGCCGGGCGAGGGCCCUGGCCCACACUCCGUGCAGGUUGGGCGCCCCAACCUGCGGGUUAUUUUGACCGUGCUUCACCGCGCUGGUCGGUCCGGGGAGGAUGAAGGCGUGGAGAACAGGAUCGCGGGAGCGCAGAAGUAGAGUACAACGGUUUUUGCUGCGCAGUCGUCUGCUGUCCACCGUCACGUUGCGCCCCGAAGGCCUUAUUGCAAACCCGUGUGUGCACGGGGGGGGGGGGGGGGGCGGUCACCCAUCCAAGGACUGUCCAGGCUCAACGUUGCUUAGCUGCCUAGAUCUGAUGUCGGCAUGUUUGUAGUACUGUAAUAAUUCAGUAAUUUUUUUUAAAGAGAUCUUCACUAAUGAGUCUGAAGACAUUACAAAAAAAUAAGUUCAGCUUGAAACCGUUGGUUCGUGCUUUAAAUGGCUACGUGUGGGGGGAACAACCAGAAAACCUGGGGGGAAAAACGCCACACGUGAUGUGGAAUUUUACAUGGCUGGGUGAAGGGCGAGCAUUGUGGUGGUGAUCAUUUCUCUCGCCUGCAGCCUUGAGUCGGUCGGGGAAAUUCUUUGUCAGGGGGCGAGUUUCUCCAUAGGACGACAACCACUGUAGACUUCCCCGCAAAGUUGGACUCGUUUUUAUCAAUCCCGGAAGGAUGAUGGGCUGAGGCAACCGCCGACCAGGAUUUGAAUCUCGCGACUUUUCCGAACGCGAGCUGCUCGCUCCACCGCAGAGCCACCUGGCUGGAGGUGCGUCACGGUGGCUAGGAGAUGUUAACUACCUCGCCUGGUACGCAGGAGGUUGUGGGUUUGAUCCCAACUGACACCUGUAUAUUUGGAGUUUGCGUGUCUCUCUCUCUCACCCCGUAGGCGUGUAGAUUUUCCUCCCCCCUCCACAUUUUGAAUUAACGUGCGUUUAGAAUAUUUGGCUUCAAUCAAUUUCCACAUAAGCCACUUUGUUGAGCUAUCAUUUGUGGUGAUCAGAUCGCUUCUGAAAAAGAGCUAUAUAGCUCAGUGGGCCUUACCUGGCAAAAUAAAACAAUUGUUUAAAUCGUGUAAACAGUUUGAAAUAGGUGUUGCCCACCGCUCGUUUUGAUCUGAGGAAACUUUUGGCACGGGACGUCAACUGUCGGAUUUGAACACGAAUGUCCCGGCGAUCUCAAUUUGUGUUUCUUAACUUCAGUUUCAUCCGGAAAUAAGCCUAUUGCCAAAGUUCUGUACCUGGAAUGCGCACCCCAUAUAUUAGUCAGAUCUUGGAAGCAUGCGUGCAUCAUUGAGCUUGGAUGGGUGAGCGGACGUGUGACACUGGUUAUUACUAACUCUGCUACAAAGCAGCAGGGUGGCAGUGCGAUGCGAUGCAUUGUGUUGUCCUGUACUUCCAUAACGCCUCCCCCAUGUCUACGAUGCUCCUCGCCUUCACUCGCACGUGUCGGCCGGCGUGGUGCAGUUUGGUUAAUUUACCUCCGCGACCAAUACGGGGCGGUUGAGGCCCUCGUGCAGCGCCGGAGUUGACGAGCGGGACGGGGCGAAGUGCCGCGUUUAAUAAAAAUUCAAAAGAGCGAACGACAAA